AGAACAGACCCCACACUUUCCUCCUCAGUGGACGUGGUGGACCAUCCUAAAGCCCACCUUGCCCGACUGAUCCCGCCCCACUGAGCUGGUGCACGGAGUUCCAGCGGAACCCGCUGCAGUUGACUGAGCAGCCCACCUCUCUGCAGUAUGCAUGGUCGCCAGGAAAUCCUCGAAGCCCUCACGCCCCAGCAGUGUACUUCACCGGCCAGAGACCACCUACUUAAGAGCCGGGGAUAAUACAGUCGAAUGCGGCAGGCGGACCGGCGGCGGAAGCGCAGGAGUGACCGGAGGAACAGAGAGUUAGUGCAGGACUCGAGGCUGACGCCGCGGCUCUCCUCUGAACGUGGACAAUCAUGCAUGUGCUCUUUUGGGGCUUGGGGUUCCUGCUAUUCCCUGACAUCUUGAAUGUAGCCGCAUCUACGGGGAGACCGGUCUUGAAUUCCGACACAGCAAAAGAGGAAAUCGGCGCGUAUGAGAUUGUUACGCCGGUGCGCGUGAACGAAGCCGGUGACAGGUUUCCAACCAGCGUGCACUUCAAGAGGAAACGGCGAAGUUUGGAGGAGGGCACCGGGAACGCGACGGAUCACUGGGCCUGGCCCAAUAUCCACUACAGGAUAUCUGCGUUCGGACAGCACUUUCACCUCAACCUGACGCUGGAGUCUGGAUUUAUAGCCCCUGUCUACACUGUGACAGUGCUUGGAGUACCGCGAGGGGAUAACAUAACGGAUUUUGCAGCGGAUGGGGAGGAGGAGGAGGAGGAGGACACGGAGUUGAGGCAUUGCUUCUAUAAAGGACACGUAAAUGCACAAGCGCAGCACGCCGCCGUCAUCAGUUUAUGCGCCGGACUGCUUGGCACUUUCAGGUCUCCGGAGGGGGAAUAUUUUGUGGAGCCCCUACACAACUAUCAAGGGGAACACUAUGAAGAGGAACACACAAAACCUCAUAUUGUGUACAAGAAGAGCGGACCCGAGAAACAGUCGCCUGAGGAGAACUCGGCUUGCGACACGUCAGGACACAAACGCAGGCACAAGAGGCACAAGCUGAGGCGACGGCCGGCUGCCGGGGUCGGCGCGAGCGUGUUCAGCGACGUGGAGUCGCUGAGCGCCGGCCUGGUCAGCGGCGCUCUGCUGAGGCCAGAGAGCAGCGGCGCUAGCACCAGACCAUCAAACGACAGCAGCGGCGACACGGGACCUCACAGGAGAUCAAAGCGCUUCCUCUCCUACCCGCGCUUCGUUGAAGUCAUGCUCGUGGCCGACGGCAAGAUGGUGGAGCAUCACGGCAGCAAUCUGCAGCACUACAUCCUCACGCUGAUGUCCAUAGUGUCUUCUAUAUACAAGGACCCCAGCAUUGGCAACCUGAUAAACAUUGUGAUAGUAAAGCUAGUCAUAAUUAACAACGAGCUGGAGGGUCCAGUCAUUUCGUUUAAUGCACAGACCACUUUAAAGAACUUCUGCAUUUGGCAGCAGAGCCAAAACAAUCUGGAUGACAGCCACCACUCCCAUCAUGACACUGCCAUCCUCAUCACCAGGCAGGACAUCUGCAGAGCCAGGGACAAGUGUGACACCUUAGGCCUCGCAGAGCUGGGGACGGUGUGUGAUCCGUACAGGAGCUGCAGCAUCAGUGAGGACAAUGGGCUCAGCACUGCGUUCACCAUCGCCCACGAACUUGGACACGUGUUCAACAUGCCUCACGACGACAGCAACAAAUGCAAGGAGGACGGAGUUAAGGUCCAGCAGCACGUCAUGGCUCCCACGCUCAACUACAACACCAACCCCUGGAUGUGGUCCAAGUGCAGCAGGAAGUACAUCACAGAGUUCCUCGACACAGGGUAUGGCGAGUGCUUGCUCGACGAGCCCGUUUCUAGGCAGUACGGUCUCUCUCAGCAGCUGCCCGGACAGAUAUACAGUGUCAAUAAACAGUGCGAGUUGAUAUUUGGGCCGGGAACGCAGGUGUGUCCUUUUAUGACUCAGUGUCGGAGGCUGUGGUGCACGAGUCCGGAAGGCGCCCAGCGAGGAUGCAGGACCCAGCACAUGCCGUGGGCGGAUGGCACCGACUGCUCACCUGGAAAGCACUGCAGACACGGCCUGUGUAUAGACAAAGAGCUAGACGCUUUGCCCGUGGAGGGGGCGUGGGGCGUUUGGAGUCCCUUUGGUACCUGUUCACGGACGUGUGGAGGGGGCAUCAAGGUCGCUGUGCGUGAAUGCAACCGGCCCAUACCCAGGAACGGAGGGAUGUACUGCGUUGGUCGCCGGAUGAAGUUCCGUUCCUGCAACUCUGAGCCCUGCUCCAAGCAGAAGAGGGACUUUAGGGAGGAGCAGUGCGCCGCCUUUGACGGCAGGCACUUCAACAUCAAUGGUCUACCUCCAAACGUGCGCUGGGUUCCCAAGUACAGCGGAAUUCUAAUGAAGGACAGGUGUAAGCUGUUCUGUCGGGUGGCAGGCAGCACGGCCUACUAUCAGCUCAGGGACAGGGUCAUCGAUGGCACGCCGUGUGGACCCGAUACCAACGACAUCUGUGUCCAGGGCCUAUGCAGGCAAGCAGGCUGCGACCAUGUGUUAAACUCCAAAGCCAGAAGGGACAAGUGUGGCGUGUGUGGAGGCGACAACUCCUCCUGCAAAACCGUGGCGGGCACCUUCAACAUCGUCCGCUACGGCUAUAAUGAAGUAGUGAGAAUACCCAGCGGUGCUACAAAUAUAGAUGUGCGUCAACACAGCUACUCAGGGAAACCAGAGGACGACAACUACCUCGCCGUAUCAAAUAGCCGCGGAGAGUUCCUGCUCAAUGGAGACUUUAUAGUCAGCAUGUUCAAAAGGGAAAUCAAAGUAGGAAAUGCAGUUAUCGAGUACAGCGGCUCUGACCAUAUCAUCGAGAGGAUCAACUGUACCGACCGCAUUGAAGAGGAGAUUAUUGUCCAGGUGCUGUCAGUGGGGAACCUUUACAAUCCAGAUGUGAGGUAUUCCUUCAACAUCCCCAUAGAGGACAAACCUCAGCAGUUCUUCUGGGAUGCGUACGGGCCCUGGCAGGACUGCAGCCGCCUGUGCCAAGGAGAGCGCAAGCGGAAGAUUCUCUGUAGCAGAGAGUCGGACAGGGUGGUGGUAUCAGACCAGAGGUGUCACGGUACGGCCCGACCCGCUGCCAUUACUGAGCCGUGUAACAUGGAGUGUGAACUCAGGUGGCACGUGGCUCGUAAGAGCGAGUGCACAGCCCAGUGCGGCCUGGGAUACCGCACGCUGGAAAUACACUGUGCCAAAAUCAGCCGCGGGGACGGGAAGAUCCAAAAGGCUGACGAUCGCUACUGUAGUGACCAGCGCAAGCCGGAUGACAAGGAAGGUUGCCAUGGAGACUGUGACCCGGGCGGCUGGGAGUACUCGCCGUGGUCAGAGUGCUCCAAGAGCUGCGGCGGUGGCACCCGGCGCCGUGGAGCGGCGUGUCGGAAGGCCGAGGCGGAUGGCGACGAGAGCAAAUGCAGCCAGCGGGACAAGCUGACUGUCCAGUCCUGCAAUGAAUUCCUGUGUCCACAAUGGAAGACCGGCGACUGGUCUGAGUGUCUGGUGACAUGCGGGAAAGGCUACAAGCAUCGGCAGACAUGGUGCCAGUUUGGCGACGACCGUCUAGACGACCGCUUAUGCGACGCGGCUAAGCCCGAGGCUGUGCAGACGUGCCAGCAGCAGGAGUGUGCCUCGUGGCAAGUGGGACCGUGGGGACAGUGCACUACCUCGUGCGGGCCAGGCUACCAGAUGCGAGCGGUGAAGUGUGUGGUCGGUUCUUACGGCGCCGUCAUGGAUGACACUGAAUGUAAUGCCGCCACGCGACCCACUGACACCCAGGACUGUGAACUGGCCCAGUGUCCUGCAAACCUCCCUGCGACUCCAGGGACCAAAGUCCCCUCCCCUCUAGGCCAUAAAACCCAAUGGCGCUUCGGUUCUUGGACCCAGUGCAGUGCCAGCUGCGGCAAAGGCAGCAGGAUGCGUUACGUGAGUUGCCGUGACAACCAGGGUGGCGUGGCGGAGGAGUCGGCAUGCGCCCACUUGCCAAAACCCGCGGCCAGUGAGCCGUGCACGGUGGUGGCCUGCGGACAGUGGAAAGUGCUGGAAUGGACAGUGUGCUCUGUGACCUGCGGCCAGGGGACGACGACGCGCCAGGUGCUGUGCGUCAACUUCAACGACCAGGGAGUGAACGCCAGCGAGUGCGACCCCGACGAUCGUCCGUCAACACAGCAGGACUGCGCAAUGUCCCAGUGCCCGUCCCGCUCCAGCGAACCCCGAGCUUUGCCGUCCUCGCCCAACGCCGGCACCAGGAACAGUCUGCCCCGUGCCCAAUCCCACCUGUGGCGGACCGGACCGUGGGGCGCGUGCUCCAGUACAUGUGCGGGAGGCUUCCAGCGGCGUGUCGUAGUGUGCCAGGACGAGAACGGCUACACUGCCAACAACUGUGAGGAUCACAGCCGGCCCAAUGAGCAGCAAUCCUGCGAGUCCGGUCCGUGUCCACAGUGGGUCUACGGCAGCUGGGGGGAGUGCACCAAGCCGUGUGGAGGCGGCAUAAAGACGAGGCUGGUGGUCUGUCAGCGUCCCAACGGCGAGCGCUUCAACGAUCUGAGCUGCGAGAUCCACGACAAGCCGCCGGAUCGCGAACAGUGCAAUACUCAGCCGUGCCCGUCUAGCCCACACUGGAGCACAGGCCCAUGGAGCUCGUGCUCAGCCUCCUGUGGGAAAGGGUUCAAGUCCCGUAAAGUGAGCUGCGUGACCGGGCUCGGCCGCCCAGCCUCGGAGGAACACUGCCUGCAUCUGGCCCCCAAACCCAACAAGCAGAGGCGCUGCAGAGGUGGACGAUGUCCCAAAUGGAAGACCGGCAGCUGGGGAGAGUGUUCGGUAUCAUGUGGCGACGGCGUCCAGCAGCGGGAGGUGUUCUGCCAGGUCGGAGAACGGCGCAGCCAGUCUGAGGCCGGUUGCUCCCAGCGCGCCAGACCGGCCUCCAGCCAGAGCUGUCGGGUCGCCGACUGUCCGUCCCGGUACCGCUGGAGAGAAGGAGAGUGGCAGCCGUGCAGUAAAUCGUGUGGCCUGGGCCAAAGACGACGAUCCUUGCAGUGCGUGGACCACAGCCAACGGGAGGUUCAUGAAAUGUACUGCGUGAACCAGAUCAGGCCUCCAGACAUAGAGAGCUGCAACCACCACGCCUGUGAAUACAUCUGGAUCACAGGCGAAUGGACUGAGUGCUCCACCAGCUGUGGCCAGGGCUACCGGCAGCGCCUGGUCUCCUGCAGCGAGGUGCACGUGGCGAAUGACAACUACGAGUACGGCCAUCAGUCUUUGGCCAACUGCCCCGGGACCCCUCCUGAAAACUACAUGCCCUGUAAUCUGGGCCCAUGCCCACCGCUGCAGGAGUGGAGGGCCGGAGCGUGGGGGCUGUGCUCAGCGAGCUGUGGCGACGGGCUGAUGGAGCGGACGGUGCGGUGUGCGUCCACGGACGGUCAGGAGGGCGGCAGGUGUCCUCCAGACACCAUGCCAGAAGUCAGACAAGUCUGCAGAAACCCGAGCUGCCAGUUUCCUUCCAGCUGUCAGGACAUUCGGAGUAUUAGUGGCCCAAUCCCAGACAGCGAACAUGUUCUCACCAUCGAAGGAAAAGAAGUCAAGGUCUACUGUGCAGGGAUGCACACAGACAGUCCGCAGGAGUACAUCACCUUGACAACAGGAGAGAAUUUUUCCGAGAUCUUUGGCUUCAGACUCAAUGAUCCGACCCAGUGUCCGGCCAACAGCUCCAGGAGAGAAGAUUGCGACUGCCGCAGGGACUACGCGGCUGAAGGCGUCACCACUUUCUCCAAAGUCCGCCUGGACAUCAGCAAGAUGCACGUCAUCACUACAGAUUGGCAGUUCGCUUCCACCCGCGAGGGCAAGAACGUGCCGUUUGCCACGGCUGGAGAUUGUUACAGUGCUGCUGGUUGUCCACAGGGCCGCUUUCAGAUCAACCUCUCAGGAACAGGUUUCAGGGUGUCUGAGGACGUCUUGUGGGUCUCUCAUGGCAACUAUGCAAAAAUGGACGUACGGAAAUCCCAGGGUGGCAGCAGAGUGUCAGGAAUGUGCGGAGGCUACUGUGGCAAAUGUGUGCCAUCGUCUGGCUCCGGGCUGCCAGUCACAGUGGAAUAACCAUCUCCUACCAACUCCCUCAAUCAAGUGCUGAAUACAUAAUGAUUAAUGUUAAAAUAAUUGUAUACGUUUGUUUAGCAACACUUCUGUAUUUCUGUUCACAUCAACUCAUCAGACCUUGAACCCGUCCUCCACGUGUCCUUGUCCCCCUGCCAUGUGUAUAGUGUAAGAUACUGUGGUGUAAGUAAUGUAAAUAGCAGGAUAUCAAAUGUCUAAUUUAUUGUACUCAGCAUUUAUUUUUGUAUAAUUUAUUGGUGUUGUUGCAUAACAAGCUCUACACAGCUGCCAUUUUUCAAGCAUUUGCCAGAAUGUGCCUUCCAUGUUGGAUCUUUGCCAUUUGGACUUUUGACUGCUUUUGUUGCUUUGGUUCCAUGGUAUAGUUGUAGGAAGAUUCUUUCUCCCUACAUUGAAUGAGUUGUAAACUUUGUACAACUCUGCUGUGCUGUUAGUCUGUCCAGAGUGUGUGUGUGUUCGGAUUCUUCGCGAGCCGACAGACUCAGCGUUCACUUCAGGUACUUCUCUCCUUCCGGCUGAGGUGCUGUCAUUUGUCCCACUGGAUGGGAGACCUGUGAACUUUGGUGUAUCCUCUUCAACAAGUGGGCAUAACAAGCUGCAGGAGAGAAAAAAAACAGGCAUUGCUGCUAUGGCAAUCAGUAUAGACACACACAUUAAAACCACCGUUUGAAAUAGCAGCACUUGGGAAAGGACUAAUUUGUUUAAUCAGAGCCCAGGUAGCACGUUUACUGUACAUAAGACGACUGUAGCACACAAACACACACAUCGCUGCCUCCUGAAGCUGUGUUCUACAGGCAGUGCAUCUCUGGGAAAGUUUGCCGCAUCCAGGGUGACACAUUCGCCCUUUGGCUUCUACAGAGCAAACAGGUUAUCGUCUCUGGAGAGACUCAAAAGAAUCCACACACUUUGCCUCAGGCCAGUAAAGCUCCAGAUGAUUCUUCACAGAUACAGUGCGUGAUCCCGUCCCUGGUGACGCCAGGAGGGUUUUUGUAAAGUAGCUGCCUGUGGCCUCUGUACCUCGUGUUCUUCUCGCCAGCUUUUAAGAUUCGGUCCAAACUCUACAUUCUCAUUAGCUCCUGGUCAGCCUGUUCUCUUUUAUGACAUAAUCAGGGUACUUUACUACUAAAUAUAUAUAUAUAUAUAU